CAUUCAAAAGAACAACCCGGAUGUUAUUGCUCUGAUCAUAGUGUUUCGCUGAAGUAAAGCAGCAAAACUUCCCACGUUAUUGUCAGAUCUAUUUCAGUUAGCCAACAUUUAGGCUAUAUGUUACUUUUAUUUGAGAGGUUGCUCAGCACAUACUUUGUUGCUUUUGCGGGAUUAUUAGCUAGCUACCAAAUCUGAUUAGGCAGGGAUUUGAUCCUCUGUGGCGCGUUCCUCUCCAUUGAAAAUGUCUGCGGAGGAGGCGGACAAAACCACGACGACUGAUGCUAGCGCAGGUGACGAGGAAGAAGAAUGGCUAUAUGGAGAUGAGAGUGAAAAUAAAGACAAUGAAGAGGAAGAAGCAAAACUGACAGCAGCUGUAAGUGCUCCUCCACCUCCCCCGGUCACAGAGGAAGCCACUGGCAAUGGAGUGGCCAGUCAGAAGGAAACACCUGCCGAUGAUGAGGACAGCGACAGUGACAGUGAUGAUGAUGAUGACGACGUGCGAGUCACCAUCGGUGACAUUAAGACUGGAGCUCCACAGUAUACGACUUAUGGAGCCACACCAGUUAACCUCAACAUAAAGACGGGUAGCAGACCCUAUGGGGCAGCAGCUGCCAAACUGAAGGGGGUGGACCUGGAUGCCCCUGGCAACAUUAAUGGCGUUCCAGUACUGGAGGCUGAGAUGGAGUCCUUUGAGGAGAAACCUUGGCGAAAACCAGGUGCCGACCUUUCCGACUACUUUAACUAUGGCUUCAAUGAGGAUACUUGGAAAGCUUACUGUGAGAAACAGAAGAGACUUCGUAUGGGUUUGGACGUCAUGAACAUGUCCUCAACUACCAGCAAAAUCACAGUGCAGCAGGGACGGACAGGAAAUACUGAAAAGGAUGUGGUGAACCUCACUCCCCACACUAUCAAGCCAGAUUUCAGUACCCCAGCAAACAUAUACAAAUCUGGAAUAAACACAACCAGAAAUCCUGAGAGGUUAGAUACCUCAAUUCAUGGGUCUGUCUGGGAUGGGGUAAACCUUGACUUUUCAAAGAUAUCCCCUCCUCAGUGGGCAGGCCCUCCCAAUCAGGACAUGUCCUACUAUACGAAAUCAACUGGCACCAUUGAUGUCAUUGGCGGGGGGACUGCAACCAUUAGUCGUGUUGAGGGAAGGCGCCGCCAUAACCAAGAAGGGAACAAUAUCCAGGUUAUCUCUGAACACUCCUCCUCGGACGCUGAGCCGACGCCGGCCAAGAUGCCCCCGUUCUUCCCACCAGGACCCCUGCCUCCCAACAUACCGCCCCCUCCAUUCCUGCCCCCGCCGCCCAAUGUCAGCAACGCCCCUCCACUCAUCCCGCCGCCAAGAAUUCCCAUCACUGUUCCUCCUCCUGGCUUCCCUCCUCCACCCGGUGGCCCGCCUCCGUCCCUCAUGCCCACAAUGGACAACAGUGGGCUUCCUGGAGGCUAUGAUGGUCGGUCUGUCCCCCCAUACCCUUUCCCUGGAGGUGGCUAUCCACCUCCCAUGCCUGGGACGGUCCCUGCCUGGCCCACCAUGAUGGACAACUCCAAGCAGUGGGAUUAUUACCCUCGACGCGAGAAGGAGCGUGAAAAAGAGAGAGAACGUGAACGGCCGAGAGAGAGAACCCAUGAGAGGGAGAGGGAGCGGGAGCGAGAACACAGCCCUUCAGCCAUGGCUUAUAACAGUGACGAGGAGCGGUACCGGUACCGUGACUACCCUGAGCGUGGUGGUGGUGGUGGCGGCGGUGGUGGUGGUGGUGGUGGUGGCGGCGGCGGUGGCGGCGGUGGCUACGAGCGACACCGUGAGCGAGCCAGCCGAGAGAAGGAGGAGAGAGGGCACAGAGAGAGGCGACACAGAGAAAAAGAAGAAAGACCACAUAAGUCCUCCAGAAGCAGCAGCAGGAGGCGGCAUGACAGCGAAGAAGGGGACAGCCACCGCCGGCACAAGCACAAGAAGUCCAAGCGCAGCAAAGAGGGCAAGGAGCCCAGCGAGGAGCGAGCCGGGGACCAGGAGAACCAGGAGACCAUGGAGUGAGCACGCGCCCGCGUCCCCCUCCCUCUCUACCCCGUCUCUACGUCUCAUGAAGUUGCGUCGCGUCUUUGGUUCUCCACCAUGUCUUUCCAUGGAGCACUGUCAUUGAUUCUGAAUCAUGCCUGGAGAGAGUCGUUGCCCCACCACGCCAAAUCCCCUUGGUCUUCAUCAGAGUUAAUUGUCAUUUUCUGAGAUUGUUUUUGUUUCUUCUCUGAAAACGUACCAUGUAGAUGUCAUGUUUAAAUUGGUUUAAAAAACGGAAAAGCAA